AUGUCAAACUUCGAUAAGUUCCUCAAUCCCGCAUUCUGUGCGAAUAACACAAGCUCGCCAUGUCCCAACAAGACCUCCCAGGCUAAUAGUGCUUGCGGCCGCUGCUACUUGGUUGUGUACUGCGGCAAAGAAUGCCAGAAAGAACAUUGGCCCACACACAAAGAGGACUGUAAGGACGCUCUGGCGUAUGAGACGUGGAAGCCAGACUGGCACAGAGGAGAUCGACAGCCAGAGUUCUUGAAGAAUCGAGACCCAUCUGAACGGAAUUUGAAUGACGGCAAAAUAUCGUGGUGGGGAGGCAUGCCAGCAUUGGACUUGUUGAAACUGGAUAAAAAUGAAGGCCAGGAUGCAUCUCCCAAGAUGAGUGUUCUUCUCACAGCAUCACACGAUAUUCGGAACGUAGUCGAGACAAUCGCUCGUCUGCCAGAUACCUAUUCGGGGCAAUCUUUCCAUUUUCCACCAGAGCACGCCGCCAUUAUCAUGAUCCACUUAUGGUAUUCAGCUUUGAUACCCGCGUCUAUUCUCACCGCAGUCCGAAAAAAGCUCCUGCCAAAGAUUGAGAAAGUCUGCUCCGAAGCUGCACAAAAACGUUCUCAACCGUUUUUCAAGUGCGUCUGGAGGAAGAACAAAGCAUCCUUGCAUGUGGAACUUGCGAGAGAUGAGUGGGAAGGUCUUAAAGGAUACCUUCAGGUUCCUGCUGAUUUUUCUGCUACCGAAGCCGCCUGCAAUCGACGAGACGUCAUGUUUGCUGACAAUAGAAAGGAUGAAUUCCAAAGGACUCUAUACGCACAGCCUAGAUACUGGCGUGUCUCCACUAUGAAGUUCCGCGAUGAUGGAGUAUUGUUGCCUUUCGGGUGCUCACGCAAGGCAUUUGACACUCCUAACCCGAUGUUUUUCCACACCAGUCGUAAUUGGCCUAUGCCAGACUCUGCAGAUCCGCGCACCAGCUGGGACCUCCUAGAUGUAUGCACUGGAGCGUACACUGCGAAUUAUCCUGCGAAGAAUGAUCUGUACGGUAUGCUAUUCAUCUACCUCCGCGAGAUUCUCUUGGGUUUCUGUCGCCAAAUUUCGAAACGAGAUAUUAACCUUCGACUUCUUUCUAUCGAUUCACUGAGUCUACCGACAUAUUUCAACCAGCUAGGCGAACAUCCAAGAUUUGACAGAAUUGAUACGUACGUGGCUGCAGAAACCGGCGUGCUUGGGAUCCACACCGUCCUCAGGGAAUUUACCCCGAUGCUGAAGCCGAAGAUUCAAAACCCAAAGGCCAUGCUUCUUACCCUCUUCAUCCGCGACAUUGAGGAUAUGUGGACCAAAGACUCCCUUGACAAGGACGUCGCUCGUGCUGCGAAACACCUCCCUCAACCGGAGUCAACGGAUAGCAAUGAUGCAGACCAGGUGAGAAUUAACAGAUCAAGCUCUUUUUUCUGCAACGUCAGUAAAAUGUUCGAUCUUUACAAAAAAACCUUGGAAUUUGACAAACUCACCCCAACAUUUGGAUUGAAGAUGAGGGGCAGCACCACAAUCGUGGCCCACUGGCCAAUGCGACCUGGAAAACACACCGCCACGACGGUGUUUGAGAUUCUUGAGGGAUCCGGCGCCACUGGCUGUGAACGCUACGUCGAAUGGGAAUGGGAAUGA